UUUAGACGACCUCAACAGCACACCACGACCUCUCUCCCGUCCCUUCGCAUCCUCCCACAACGCAUGAGUACUGUCAUUUUCUGCUCUUAUAGUCGAACAACACAUCAUGGAACCUCAUAAUCAUUCAAUAAGUCCUGCAAUCAUCAUCGAGGAUGCUACUUUUUCAGGCGAUGGAGCCAGCAACGAGGCAGCCGUUUCCACACCCCUUACUCCUACCGAUGCUGGCAAUGAAAGUCUGCUGUCUCCGCUACAUAUACCCAGGCAAACGCGUAAUUCCGUCGAGAUUCAUUCCCCAGGGACUCCUUCAGACAUGUCCGACGCAUCAUCUGUACCACCAUCACCCACUCUUUCCAGUUCUUCCGGUCCUUACCCUACAACGCUCGCUUUACGGGAUAAUCAGCCCGAAGUUCGUUUUAAUACCAACCUUCUUUCGCCGGACUCGCCUAUACACAAUCGCAAGGCUAGUGUUGGAACUCUGACUAGCUCGAAUGAAGGAACAGUCGUGGAAGAGCAUCGCAGUGAAAAGUCUGGUUCUGGUUCUGAUACACACAGUUACACGCAGUACGACGCGUCGCGUUCACCUUCUCGUGAACGAACGGAAAGCGCACCACCUGAGAAGGAGGUCGAGGUGCAGAAGGAGGAGGGGAAAGAUCAGUCAAAGGAGAAAAAGAAGAAGAAAAUAAGAAAAGACGACGAGAAGGAGGAAGAGAUAACCGGUCACCGAGCAGAACUAGAGCAGGACGCCAACUUCGACCCUACACCGUUCCGUUUCAAGCCCUACGAGCUUGCUCACAUGCUCGACCCCAAGAACCUAGACACUGUGGAGGACAUGGGUGGAACAUCUGGUCUACUGCGUGGUCUCGGCUCUGAUAGCAUGCAUGGGCUCGGCUCAGGCGCAGGGCAUGGUGAUGGUGAUGGUCGACCUGGCGCGGGAGAGGGUGCUUCCCAACGACACGACCCUGAAAAGGAGGUGCCUGCUAUCACCCUCACAGAGCCUGGGGGAGAUGUUCAUUCUACUCAUGCAUCUGAUAUUUCCAAUGAAGCUGCGUUCGCGACAUCGUUAGAAGAACGUCGACGCGUUUAUGGGCCCAAUGUAUUGCCCGAGCGUCGUAGUAAGACCUUGCUGCAGCUCAUGUGGACCGCUCUCAAGGAUAAAGUUUUGAUCUUACUAUCUAUUGCUGCUGUUGUUUCUCUUGCUCUCGGGUUCUUUCAAGAUUUUGGUGUUGCUCGAGAUCCCAGCGACGGUCCUCCAGUGGAUUGGGUGGAAGGAGUUGCUAUUAUGGUUGCAAUCAUCAUUGUCGUGGUAGUUGGCUCUUUAAAUGACUGGCAGAAGGAACGCCAAUUCAAAACUUUGAAUGAACGAAAGGAGGAACGUGGAGUUAAGGUCAUUCGUGACGGCGUUGAGAAAGUUAUCGAUGUCAAAGAGGUUGUUGUCGGUGAUAUCGCGUUGCUGGAGCCGGGCGAGAUUGUUCCCUGCGAUGGUGUGUUCCUUGGAGGACACAAUGUCAGAUGCGACGAGUCUUGCACAACAGGGGAAUCAGACGCCUUCAAGAAGGCCACCUUUGAAGAAUGCAAGUCUAUGCUUCACAGACGACGAGAAAAGGAGGGUCGCACAGCAGAUCUGGCACAUACAGAUUGUUUCAUCGUUAGCGGUUCCAAGGUAUUGGAAGGUGUCGGCAAGUACGUUGUUGUUGCUGUUGGAACUAAAAGUUUCAACGGAAGAAUUAUGAUGGCGUUGCGAGGCGGUGGGGAGAAUACGCCUCUUCAGCUCAAGCUGAACUUUCUAGCCGAACUCAUUGCCAAAGUUGGCAGUCUGGCGGGGCUGAUACUAUUUACUGCCCUAAUGAUUCGGUUUUUUGUGCAAUUGGGUUCUGGCGAUCCUGUCCGCUCGGCGAACGAAAAGGGGAUUGCUUUCGUGAAUAUCCUCAUUAUCUCUGUAACGCUGAUUGUAGUUGCUGUCCCAGAAGGUCUGCCGCUAGCGGUGACACUCGCACUGGCUUUUGCGACGAAACGAAUGACUUACGAAAACUUAUUGGUACGAGUCCUGGGGUCUUGCGAGACCAUGGCAAACGCAUCGGUCGUUUGUACGGAUAAGACAGGCACCCUCACCCAAAACGUGAUGACUGUUGUUGCUGGGUCUGUCGGUGUCCACGCCAAGUUUGUUCGCCAGCUAGAGGAGAAUCAAACACGCACGAAUGUCGGCGAGGAAGAGCCCGGUCACCGCAAACACCCUAACGAUUUUUCUAUCGAUCAGUCGCAACUGAAUGAUGCUAUGACACCUGCAUUACGUUCCCUUUUUAACGAAGCUAUCGCGGUAAAUUCCACUGCUUUCCAGGAUACCGAUCCAGAAUCUGGGGAGGUGAUCUUCGUUGGUAGCAAGACGGAGACAGCUCUCCUCAAGUUUGCUCGGGAGUUGGGUUGGGCGGAUUUCAAAAAGACGCGAGACAGCUCGGACAUCGUCCAGAUGAUUCCCUUUUCUAGUGAGCGCAAGGCGAUGGGAGUGGUCGUCAAAUUGGGAGAGAAGAAGUGGCGCUUUUAUGUUAAAGGCGCGAGUGAGAUCUUGUCGAGGAAGUGUACCCAUAACGUCGUCGUGCAGAAGCCUGGGAACUCCAGUCCCCAGCGGGACGACGUUGAGGUUACACAGAUUGAUGACCACUCAGCCAAUAACAUUGCUCGCACCAUCAUUUUCUACGCCAACCAGACUCUGCGAACGAUCGCCUUGUGCUAUAGGGACUUUGACGUUUGGCCGCCUCCCGAUGCUGUUCACGAUGAACAGAACGAGGUCGAAUACGCCUCCCUCGCACAAGAUCUAACCCUAAUCGGUAUCACGGGUAUUGAAGAUCCGCUUCGUGAAGGUGUUCGCGACGCCGUCGCCAAAUGUCACAAAGCCGGCGUUACGGUCAAGAUGUGCACUGGAGACAACGUCCUUACUGCUCGUUCAAUUGCGUCACAAUGUGGGAUUUAUACAAGCGGUGGUAUAAUCAUGGAAGGACCCAUUUUCCGCAAGCUCGACCGCAAUGACAUGCUCGAGAUUGUCCCUCGCCUUCAAGUAUUGGCGCGUUCUUCUCCGGAGGACAAGAAACUCCUCGUUGAGACCCUCAAGUCGUUGGGAGAAAUUGUCGGUGUCACUGGUGAUGGGACUAACGAUGGACCUGCACUGAAGACUGCACAUGUCGGAUUCUCUAUGGGCAUUGCAGGGACAGAAGUUGCGAAAGAGGCAUCAGACAUCAUUCUCAUGGACGAUAACUUUUCGUCGAUUGUGAAGGCUAUCAUUUGGGGACGUUGUGUUAAUGAUGCUGUCCGGAAAUUCUUGCAGUUCCAGAUAUCUACCAACAUAACGGCUGUCGUCAUCACUUUUGUGACGGCUGUUGCAUCUACUGACGAGGAGCCUGUUCUUACGGCUGUUCAGCUGCUAUGGAUCAAUAUCAUUAUGGACACAUUCGCUGCACUAGCUCUUGCUACGGAUCCCGCGACAGAAAACCUGCUUGAUCGUAAGCCAGAUAAGAAGACGGCGCCGUUGUUUUCUGCGGACAUGUACAAAAUGAUCUUGUUCCAGUCGAUCUAUCAAAUCAUCAUCUCGCUAAUCUUCCACUUCCUUGGUCUCACAAUUCUUGGACUGGAUGCGUCUGAUCACAACAACACUGUUGUGCAGACUUUGGUAUUCAACGCAUUCGUCUUCGCACAAAUCUUCAACUCGGUCAAUUGCCGACGAUUGGACAGGAAGCUCAAUAUAUUCGAGGGAAUCACGAAGAACUACUAUUUCAUGGGUAUCACGUUUAUCGAGGUUGGUGUACAAAUACUUAUCGUCUUUGUUGGAGGUGCUGCGUUCCAGGUCACCCGUGUGGGUGGUCGGGAAUGGGGUAUCUCCCUGGCUUUGGGCGUCGUUUCGAUACCACUGGGUGUGGCAGUUCGGUUAAUGCCCACCAAACCGUUCGAGAAAGUCUUCAAGAAACUGGGACUCCUUGGGCGAAGCGAGGUUCUCCCAACCAAGAAUGCUGACAAUGAAGGAUGGACCGGUGCAAUUACUGUCGUUAGAGACAAUCUCGGAACGUUCGCGAAUCUGAGAGGUGGCCGAGUUCGUUCGUCUUCGUUCGUGGUCAAGAGUCGCCGGGCAACUUUGUCAGAUGACCAAGGACCCAUGCGAUUAUCAUCACUCCUCACAAUGGCCCCGACUAUGAUGGCAGGAGCUGUCGCUGCUGGUCACAGCUACAUCAAGCCUGGUAAUCUGUCGGAUCCUGCACACAAUGAUCCAUCUGUGUCAUCCGCCGCGCUAUGGGAAGGAAAACUUCAAUUACAUCCAGAUACCCCGAAAGACGAUCCCACAUACAGGAAAUUUGGCGGUGAGCAGAAUAUGGUGUGAUUACUCGCUUGUCUCUUCCCUAAUCUGCUUUCUUCACUUAUUUGCCUUCACAUAUCAACCACAUACUAUGUAGCAUACUCAUCGUCACAUCGCUAGUUACUAGAAUUAUCAAUACACGGUCUACAUUAAUGCAUUUGUCCGAGUGAGGCCGGAAGCGUACGUGGUUGAUCGACGAUGACUCUAAAUCGAGUCAAAAUGCCCAC